UUAUAUAAUCCUACGCACCCUUUUAACCUUUCCCCAACACUGCGCGCGUUAGCACAGAGCGUCAUGGCCACCUCUUGCCCUGCGCCACCGAAGCGUCUGGACCUGGAGCUCACCAUCGUCUCCGCCAAGCAUCUCAAGAACGUGAACUGGAAAAACGGAGACCUCAAGCCAUACGCGGUAUUCUGGGUCGACCCAGACCGCCGACUCGCCACCAAAUCGGACGACGCUGGCUCGACCCGCCCUGUAUGGAACGAGAGUUUCACCCUCCCACUCACCAUCCCUGUCCAGGACUCCGUCCUCACCCUUGAGAUCUUCCACUCCAAACCCUCCGAGACCCCCAAGCCCUUGGUCGGCACCCUCCGUGUCCCGCUCAAGGAUCUCGCUGACAACCCCGACGACCCGAUCCGUAUCAGAACGUUCCAACUCACCCGUCCAUCGGGUCGUCCCCAGGGGAAGAUCCGCGUAAAGCUCUCCGUCCGCGAACGGCCUUUGCCGCCAGAUUAUCAUGUUGCCCCUCAGCCUAGCUACUAUUACUCCGGAGCCCCUGCCCUUCCUCCGCGCGACUACAGGGGAUACUCGCCCUCACCGUACACGUCACCACUCCCGGCACCGUCCCCAUCGCAGCCGCCGCCGGCUCCGUACCUUUACAGCUCGUAUCCCGAUGCGUAUUCAGGAUACUAUACAGGGUACUAUUCCAGUGCGCCACCACCGCCUAUGCCGCCCAGGCCAUUCUUCGACCGGCCCGUGAACUAUGGUGGGCCUGGAGGGCCCAGUGGGCCGUCGGCACCUGUGGAUUACUCGUUCUACGAUCAGAAGCCGAAGAACUCGAAAAUGGGUCUGGGAACGGGAAUGGCUGUGGGCGCGGCCGUUGGAGCGUUAGGUGGGCUCGCAUUGGACGAGGGAUUGAAGUACGAAGAGGAGAAAAUCGUGGAUAGGGUCGAGAAUGACGUGGCUGCGCGCGACGAUUACAGCGAUUACCGAGGCGACUAUCGCCCCGAUUAUUGAUAUAAUCGGGAACAACGUUGGUGAGGUUAAACGUGUAAUUGGCGAAUGUUAAUUAUGCAAUGUUUGAGUAGAUGUAUAUAUGCUUGUAUAUCUUGUGUUUGCGUUUGGGCUAUGCUUUGGAUGAUUGCUUUUGUCUGAUGAAACUUAUUUGUUGUUGAUUACGAAUCUUCUUCCAGUAAAUAAAUGGUUCGUUCUUCUAA